CGGUCUUGUGUGGCCUCGCGUUCCUCGUUAUCUCUUCUUCCCUCCGCUCGCCUCCUCUUCUUUCGACCUCCAUCCCUCUCCGAUUCUCGGUUCCAAACCCUAAUUCUUUUUCUUUGGAUUUCUUGUCGAUCGUCUCCAAGAUUCGGAUUUCUCCAAAUUAAUCGAAGAGGUUUUAGUUUGAAUCGACGGAGUGGUGGUUUCUUCUUCUCCAUCGCCGAAGAUUCUCCAUUUCUUUGUUUUUUGUUCGAGUGAUUGGAGACGUUGCACUUCUUUGGAGUCGAUGAGAUUUCUUGAUUCGGAUUUCGAGACGAGCGAUGGCUUCUGCGCCGUCUAUGUCCGGUUCUGUGGAGUCCCUGAAUCUCUGUAAGUUUUCUAAAGGAGAAGGAAGUGGGAGUGGGCGGUACGAAUGCAGUGUACUGUCGUGUGCUUGGAAGGCGCCGAGGGCUCUGACCGGGUCGCUCGCCAGCACACCGUUUCCCCAGUUCUCGCUGCACCUGCAGGAGGGGCAGCGCAGCAGGAGGAAGAGCUCGUCUCGCUAUGUGAACCCCCUGGCCACCUGGAAAUGUGAAAACCUUGAUGGUGACUUAGGCUCUAGAGGAGCUGUUGCUCUUGUGCUCUCUGGAAGGUCUACUAGGUCAUGUAUUUCCUUUUUCUCUGGCAAAACAUGGAGGCUGUGUUAUUCUUCCUCAUCUUCUGAACCUUCUAACACCAUUUCACCUGAGUCAUUAUGGGAGGAUCUGGAACCCACUAUUUCAUAUCUUGCACCUGAGGAGUUGAAGUUAGUAAAUGAUGCUUUGAAGUUACCAUAUGAAAAAGUGGUUCUGUCAGUGCAGCUGGCUUUCGUUGCUCACAGUGGUCAAAAACGGCGAAGUGGAGAACCUUUUAUUAUCCAUCCAGUUGAAGUUGCGCAGAUUCUUGGAGAACUUGAGCUGGACUGGGAAUCAGUUGCUGCUGGUUUAUUGCAUGACACUGUUGAAGAUACAAAUAUAGUUACAUUUGAGAGAAUAGAAAAGGAAUUUGGUGCUACUGUGCGCCGCAUUGUCGAGGGAGAGACUAAGGUAUCCAAGCUGGGAAAACUUCAGUGCAAAAACACAAACAGUUCAGCACGAGAUGUAAAAGCUGAUGAUCUAAGGCAAAUGUUUCUUGCCAUGACAGAAGAGGUUCGUGUUAUUAUUGUCAAACUGGCUGAUCGAUUACAUAAUAUGCGUACUCUUUCACACAUGCCUCAGCACAAGCAGUCCAGCAUUGCAUUGGAGACACUGCAGGUGUUUGCCCCCUUAGCAAAGCUUCUAGGAAUGUACCAAAUAAAGUCAGAACUGGAAUAUCUGUCUUUUAUGUAUACAAGCCCCAGUGAUUUUGCUGAGCUCAAGAAAAAAGCUGAAGCACUUUAUAAAGAUCAUGAGAAAGAACUAGAAGAGGCAAAGAGCAUUCUGAGGCAAAAAAUUAAGGAGGAUCAGUUUUUAGAUCUUGUGACAGUGAAAACUGAAGUUCGGUCUGUAUGUAAGGAAUUAUACAGUAUAUAUAAAUCUGCAUUGAAAUCUGAGAGUUCAAUAAAUGAGGUCAACCAAAUUUUUCAGCUUCGUAUCAUUGUAAAGCCAAAAACCUGUAUCGGAGUUGGUCCUUUAUGUAGUGCACAGCAGAUCUGUUACCAUGUUCUUGGUCUUGUUCAUGGAAUCUGGACUCCUAUACCUCAAGCUAUGAAAGAUUACAUUGCAACUCCAAAACCUAAUGGCUAUCAAAGUCUUCAUACCACUGUGAUACCAUUUCUGUAUGAAAGCAUGUUCCAUUUGGAAGUUCAGAUAAGAACAGAAGAUAUGGACUUAAUAGCUGAAAGAGGUAUUGCUGCUCACUACAGUGGGAGAGGUGUAGUUUCUGGUAAGGUGGGACAUGGAGUGCCCAGUGGCAGGAAUUCAAAAGGAAAGUCAUUGUGCUUGAACAGUACAGAUAUUGCUCUCAGGAUUGGCUGGCUCAAUGCAAUAAGAGAAUGGCAAGAAGAGUUUGUUGGUAACAUGAGUUCUAGGGAGUUUGUGGAUACUAUCAUGCGGGACCUAUUAGGGAGCCGUAUUUUUGUAUUUACACCGAAAGGAGAGAUAAAAAACCUACCAAAAGGAGCUACGGUCAUUGAUUAUGCUUAUAUGAUUCACACUGAAAUUGGCAACAAAAUGGUGGCUGCGAAGGUAAAUGGUAAUCUUGUUUCACCCAUGCACGUACUUGCUAAUGCUGAAGUUGUUGAGAUAAUCACAUACAAUGCUUUAUCGGGCAAAUCUGCUUACCAGAGGCAUCGGCAAUGGUUGCAACAUGCAAAAACUCGUAGUGCCAGACACAAAAUUAUGAAGUUCUUGAGAGAGCAGGCUGCACUCUCUGCAUCUGAAAUAACUGCAGAUAUGGUAAAUAAUUUUGUCGCGGAUCUCGAGGAUGAGAGUGAUUAUGAACAAACAUUUUCCAGCUCUCCCACUAAGGAAAGAAAAUCCAAAUGGGAGAAAAUACUAAUGAACAUGGAAGAAUCAUCUUCCACAAAGCGAAAACUUGAAGAUCUCUUACAUGUUCAAAACAUUGUUGGCAUCUCUAAGAUCAAUGGAAAGCACAACAAAAGUAUCCAGGAAAUGAAUCUUAUGAUUAACGGCAGUUCAGUGGUUCGAGAUGGAUUUGCUGAGUUCAUACAUGCUAAUGUACAUGCAUACAAGGAAGUUUUACCUGGUUUAGAAAGCUGGAAAGCUAGCACAAUUGCCUCUUGGCACAAUGUGGAAGGUCAUGCAAUUCAGUGGUUUUGUGUAGUAUGUAUUGAUCAGAAGGGUAUGAUGGCUGAAGUUACAUCAGCAUUGACUGCUGGUGGCAUUACAGUAUGCUCUUGUGUGGCAAAGAUUGACAGGAGAAAAGGAAUAGGUGUUAUGUUGUUUCACUAUGAAGGAACCUAUGACAACCUGGUCAAUGCUUGUUCUGGUGUAGAUGUGAUCCUUGGUGCUCUAGGCUGGUCUGCUGGUUGUAGCUGGUCAAGUCCGUUGGAUGAGCACAAUUUUCUCGAAUGCUAAUAGAUGGAAUCAGACCAUUAAAGUGGGAAGGGGUUCCUUGGUUGUGACAAAGGAGAGUAAAUACUAAAUUUCAUUAUCGAAGGUGGUAUAACCUAGUUUUGUAGCAUGGGUGUUUCAGUUUUAUUCAUUCAAACUUGUGAAAAUAAACCAUCCGCAGGUACUUAAGCUAGCCUGUGGAGUUAGGAGAAUGUAAAUAGCUAAAGAGAUAGGAACUUAAAACAAGCCUCUGCUGUUGUUGUAAAGGCUGCUUUUUGCAAAUAGGGUGAAAUAGACUGUUCAUGUUAAUGUUUAAUUUAAUAGACUGCUCAUGUUAAUGUUUAAUUUAAGUUAAUCAUUUUACUCCC